AGCGGCCCCGGUCCGUCAAGUAGACGCCGCCGCUCUCUUUUCGGUGGCGUGGUGUUUGGGGUCUUUGUCGCGAAUUUUUUUUCUCUCCUUUUUGGUCCUAAUUAGCGGAUUCCGUAGGGAUCAGUCAACAUGGGGAAAAAAGAGGAAGAGGAGAUCAUCAGAAUUGCAAAGAAGAUGGAUAAAAUGGCGCAGAAGAAGAAUGGGGCUGGUGCAUUGGAUCUGUUGAAGGAGCUGCGCAGUAUCCCCAUGACUCUCGAGCUGCUUCAGUCGACCAGAAUUGGGAUGUCCGUUAACGCAAUCCGCAAGCAGAGCACAGACGAUGAGGUGACAUCCUUAGCCAAGUCCUUGAUCAAGUCAUGGAAGAAGCUUUUGGAUGAGCCUGGUGGUGGAGACAAAUCCUCAGAUGAAAAAAGAAAAGAGCAAACAACACCUGUUGUUUCUCCUUCGCAGGGAAGCCCAGAAGCAAAAGAGGAAAGCAGCUCCAGCAGUAACUCCAGCAGCAAGAGUGAGCACCCUGAAGUUACACCCAACACAUUAAUCAACACCUUUCCUCGUGCACCGGGCACCUCUGACUCUGUCAGGCUCAAGUGCAGAGAGAUGCUGUCAAAUGCUCUGCAAUCUGGAGAGGAUUAUAUUGCUAUUGGUGCUGAUUGUGACGAACUUGGAGCUCAGAUCGAGGAAUGCAUUUUCCAGGAGUUUAAGAACACAGACAUGAAAUACAAGAACCGCGUGCGGAGCCGAAUCUCAAAUCUGAAAGAUAUGAAGAACCCCAAUUUAAGGAGGACUGUGCUGUGCGGCAGUGUAACUCCUGAGCGGAUGGCGAAGAUGACGGCAGAGGAAAUGGCCAGUGAUGAGCUGAAAGAAAUGAGAAAGAAUUUGACCAAAGAGGCAGUCAGGGACCAUCAAAUGGCCACCACAGGAGGCACACAGACUGAUCUAUUCACCUGUGGCAAGUGCAAGGGCAAAUGCUGCACAUACACACAGGUUCAAACUCGCAGCGCUGAUGAGCCGAUGACCACGUUUGUCUUCUGCAAUGAAUGCGGAAAUAGAUGGAAGUUCUGCUGAUUGGGCAGUCUCGUUCACGGCACUCUGACAAAUAGCAAAAUUCCUGGACCAGGUUACGUCUCACUGCAACAGAUUGGAGCUUUGCAUUGUGUGGUACAUGGUGCACAACAUGCCAUACACAGACGCCACUGCGUUUACCGUUUGAAUAAACAUCCUGUUUAUAGAUUGAGCUCGUUGUCAGUUACCCCGACAACCUCCCCCCCCCCCCAAAAAAUCUUUUACUAUUGUUAUUAGUUGUUUCUCACUGUCGGAUAUAUGCGAUCAGUCUUGUCUCAUUCUCUUUUAUCUGCAUUUUUUUAUAUGUAGUUUUAACACUUUGGACAAUGUUGUUUUGCUUUCCCCUCACAACAUUGCAUUGUUUAUUUAAUUUCCCAAUAAAGUGUAAUCCAUUUGAUUAAAAAUAAGUGCUUUUUAUUAGUA